UGAGAAUUCUCAUUGUACCCACGUGUAGCCUGCCUUCUCGUUGCUAGACAUCCCCACGCUUUUGAAAGUACGCGCCCUGUGCGUUUCUCCUUGCCCAGGUCCCCAAGUUCUCACUUUUCCGAGAGAGAGCUUUAGGGUUUUUGGAUAGCCACUGGGUUUUUUUUCUGACGGUGGCUACUAUAUUUAUUAGGGUUUCUGCAGUUUUGCCUCAUUCCUUGUUCUGUGCUUGGGGAUCUCUGAUAACGUUGUUCUCCAAUGGGGGUUUUCUAAUGUUGGUUACUAUUUCUUCCUGGAAACCCUAAUGUCUUCGCCUAUUCCGCCCCCAAAUGACUUCGCCCAUUCCGCCAGUUGUCUUUUCUUUAUCUCUAAUUCCCCAACUUGUGAUUGUAUUUUUCUCGACAACUUCUCCUUCUUUCAUGGAUUUGGUCGUGAGCCUCUGAGUUUUCUGCAGCAAUGGUGACAGUUUGUCAGACGUGUGGUGAUGAAGGUUACUCAAAUGCUUUGGUGCACUGUGAGAAGUGUCAGGUUACUUCUCAACACCGAUAUUGCUCAGAGAAAUUAACUUUCAAUGAAGAUGUGGCUUGGGUUUGUGAGGGUUGUGUACUGAAUCUUGAUAAGCCUACCCCAAUCCCACCAAGGAAGAGCGAACGGAUAAAUAAAAAAGCGUAUCAAGCAGCCCAAUCCAAAAUAAAGCUGAGGAAGAGGUUAAAGGGCAUUAGUCGUUCUAUAGCUGAGACAGAGGAGCAGAGAUAUGAUGGCCCUUGUGAAGUGUGUGAAAUAGUUAACUUCAGUGAAUAUGCAUUGUCAACCGCUGAUUAUUCUUUGUUGAACGGGAAGAAUUAUGAAGGCCAUUCUUGCGAGGAUAAUCAAAUGAAAGAUCAGGAACUUGGAACACACAGAACAUUGAUGCAGGAAAACCAAUGUAACACUAAUGAAAAAGCUGAAUCCUUUAAACUCAAGGCCUCUCAAAUGCCUGUGGGUGAUUCACUUGAUAAUUCAGACCAAAACAUUAUUGUCCAUGCACAACCAAUCAUUGAUCCUGUUUGGAGGGGUGGAUUUGACAUUUUUGACAAAAACUUUGGUUUAGUUGAAGGACUUGUAGCACAUUUGUCAAACAAAGCAUGUCUGAAAGUGUUUGAAGAGGCCAGUUUGUUUCCAGCGUUGCUUUGCCUGGAAAUGCUUCCUAGGAAAGAUGUGUGGCCGAAAAGUUUUGAGAUAUCACAGCCAAGUGAUGACAAUAUUGCCCUUUAUUUCUUUCCAGGAAACAAAAUGGAUGAGAGGUUCUAUGACCGCCUGGUGGAUGACAUGAUCAGCCAAGAGCUGGCCAUGAGAGCUGUGGUUGAAAAUGCAGAACUUCUGGUUUUCACAUCCACUGAACUACCAUUGAGCUAUUGGAGAUUUCAUGGGAAACAUUAUUUGUGGGGGGUGUUCAGGGGGAAUAAAGCUUCCUCAGAUUACCAACUGCAUGACCCUUUUUCAGUUCAAAAUAGUAGUGGAGAACAGCUUGCAUUAUUGAAUUCAGUAAAUAAUUCAGGUGGUCGAGCAGGCGCAAAAAAGUUCAAAAAGACCAAGUAUUGGAAUACUCAUAGUCCCCUCAGUCCAUUAUGCAAUGGUGGUGAGCAUGAACGCGACAUGGAACCAGUCGAGUAUUGACUAUAUUAAGGUUAGGAAAAAGUUCUGUGGCAUGCCUUGUGAUCUAUAAAUUAAGAGUUGAUGAUCGGCAGUUCAAUAUUCCGCUUGCCAUGUGCCCGAAGUGAUACCUCUUGCGGAGCUGGUUUGCAUGAGCAGCUGGGUGUACUGCAGUUGCAACUGAACUGAAGAUGCUAUCAUGCUAGUCUCUUCCUGGGAACUAUGUAUGCUGUUUGAGUUUUUGCCUGUUUCUCUGGUGGUGAUGUACGGCAGUUGUUUCUGGGAAGGCGAAGAAAAAGGAACCCAAGGUUUUUUUUUAUUUUUUUGGGGAGGGGGGGGGGGGGGGUUUGUUUGCAUUGUUUUACAGAGGUCAAUGGUGAUAUUCCCUUUGCCUAUUUAUGGGGUGGUCUCCUACACCAAUCAAUUUCAUUUUGUUUUUUCAAAUGUUAUUCGUUUGUAAAUGGUAGUGUUAUUACUUGAAUAACGUUGUAAACAAAAGAUGCGAGAUGGCACUAAAGGGAAAAGUGCUGAUACAAGAACAGAGAGGUGUUACUUGGCACUCCCCAAAAUACCAUUUGCUUUUCAUUUUUUAUUUUUGUUUUCACAUGAUGAAAUAAUGGCCCUUCAUUCUUCAUAUUGUUUCUCAUACGUUGAAUUGAAAAAUUUACUCUUUUUU